AUGCAAACUCAAAGAAAAAUCGAUUUUGACCCGGCCGCCAUCUCCCACCAACUCUUCAAAAUCAUACCAGAAACAAGCAAUACAUCUUGGACUGAAAGAUCUCCAGUCCCAAUUUAUCGGGAAGAACGUUGGCAGGAAGAAAAUUCCCUGUGUCGCCUAACGGAAAUUCGUCUCCGAGAGCUAACAUUACCUCAAGAGAACAGGCUUCGUUAUCUAUACCAAAUAGCUCCCAGAGAAGACCCUUACAGAAAGAAACAACUGAGGGACGCUAUCCGUCGCAUUGAUGAAAACCGAGCAUCACCGAACGAUCCAGUUUUUGGUCUGACAGCUCAACGGAGAAUAGCUGCUGUGACGAAGCUGACACGCGAUAUCGUGCCAGAUGAAGAGUUGGAGCUUGAAGAUCAUGUAGUAGGAGUAUCAAACGCCAAUACUUGCUCAAUAUGCCUUACACCGUUUGGAAAGCCAGAAGAGCAGGGGAGAACUGAGCCAGCAGUCAAACUUGAAUGUGGUCACACAUUUGGCGCUGGCUGUAUACAAGUAUGGCUAGGAAGGAACUGUACAUGUCCCAUGUGUCGUGCGCAUUUCGAAGCACUACACGCCAACGACUUUGGUGGCUUUCAAUCGCUCAAAGAACAAACCAAAGACUUUCAGGAUGAUUUCGAGCAAACCCUGCAGUUUUUCAAGACUCACAUUGGAAAAAGUCAAUACGGCAGAGAUGAUUAUGUGUUUGACAGAGUUCUGUCGGAUCCACAAAUUCUCGAGUACAUGAACCGGUUUCACAAGGUCGAUAAUCUCGUCUUUACAAGAGUGGAACGAGUACUUGGAAUUGUAGAACAAGGGCAGGAAGUCAUAGAAUUAAUGGGACAGCUUCGAGCAGAGGCGGAUCAACAUCGGGCUCAGUUUCGACCUAUGCUUCUCCGAACAUUCGAAGGGGAUUGCGAGCCUACGACAGAUUUGAUCAAAGUCUUUGGAGAACGAAUUCUUUCGCCAUCUGAGGUCCCGGAGUUUUUAGAUGAUUUCGAAUUCACAGAUGAUGAUUCUGAUUCUGAUGAUGAUUCUGAUGAUAAUUCUGAUGAUGAUUCUGAUGAUGAUUCUGACUCUGAUGACUCUGAUGAUGAUGAUGGCUCUUCCGAGGACGAAGACUCUGAAGAUGAGAGCGAUCAAUUCUUCGGUGAUAAUGAUGAGCAUGAUGACGAAGGGUCUGUCUAUGAGCCAUCUGAAAGCGAAGAAGACGAAGAUGAUGAAGAUGAAGAAAUGGCAGAUGCCCCACCGCACAAUGAGGACGACCGUCGACAGGUUGAUCAUAUUAGGCCUCUAAAUAUGUCACUCCCGAAAUGGCAUACUCAAGCGCCAGAGAACAGAGGUGUGAGAAAUUCUCACUCAGAGCUUCACAAAUUCUGUCCCCUCUACGACUACGAGUUGACGCACGUACUUCCAUUCUCUACAACAGUGAUCCUAGUACCACUAGAUUACGACCCUCUAGGUUUACAGGUAGAAGAUGAUUUCGAAAAGGAAUGCACACUGCUCACUCCCUCCACCCUUAGUAGAAUGCUGCACCACCCAGCAGCGGCAACUCUAUACGACCUCUUAUUAGUGCUUCACAAAGCUCAUAAGCGCGGUGAAGCAGAACUAGAUAACGUCGCGAACGACCAAGAAAUUACCCGCGAGAUCGACGAUUUUCUCGACAAUCUUAACGAGUUAACGCAUCGCGCUAUCUGGGAAUUCUUUAGAGAUCCUCAACUAGCUGCUGAACUACGGGAGAUCUACUUUUCCGAUGAGGUUCAGCAGAAGCAACUGAAAGCUGGGCAGAGAGACUCGGGGCAACUAAAUUCUCAAAUCGAACAGCAACCACAGGAGGACGUGAGAAUGGUCUCCGCUAGUGGUUACUUUGGAGAGAGGAUGGAGGGAGUAAGCCAUCAGGAAGAUUUCCAGGUCGCUGAGCCGGGAUCUCCUGGUCGUCAACACCUUACUCUUAGUGAAAUUGCAGAGGAGGCUAACCUUAUCGUCCAAGUCUUUAACAACUCCUGGUUGGAUGGAAGGUUUGAGGUUGAACAACCUCGUCCUCAAUCCAGUGGAUAA